CCGUCCGAUCCGACCCGGUAGCGCGAGUUGUUGCAAGUUCAAAAAAGUGAAAGUCUCCACUCCACUCUCGUCUCACAAGCUCCAUAGAUUAUCACAGAAAAGGCUGUUGAAAAAUGGAAUCAACUCCCUCCUGGAACGUCGAUCGACCCUUUCUCACCGGCCGAUUCCACCAGGAAACGAAGUCUGCGUCGGGGUUGUGUGAAUCAAAAGGCUUUUCGAUGGAGACAUUUAGUCCUGGAUUGGAUAAGGCUAUUGCUUGCUACCAUGCGUCACUUCAGGAAAUGAUUGUUAUAGAUGAUCUCCUAUCUUGUUUGGUUGGAAUUGAAGGACGAUAUAUCUCUAUUAAAAGAGUCAAGGGCAACGUGGACAGUAUUAGUUUCCAGAUUGAUGCGUCAAUGGAUUUAGCACUCCAGGAAUCAGCUAAGCGGAUAUUCCCAUUAUGCGAGAGUUAUUUGUUGAUCUAUCAGUUUGUGGAGUCAAUGUCCCAAUUCAAGGCUGGUUUAGUUAAUCACGCUUUUGCUGCUGCCCUAAGAGCUCUUCUUUUAGAUUACCAGGCUAUGGUGGCUCAGCUUGAACAUCAGUUUCGACUAGGGAGACUUUCUAUACAAGGAUUAUGGUUUUAUUGUCAGCCAAUGAUGGGGUCAAUGCAAGCGCUUUCCAUUGUUAUAAAGAAGGCCUCGGCUAAAAGUAUAGUGGGUUCAGCAGUGCUAAACCUUUUGCAGAGUCAGGCUAAGGCCAUGGCUGGUGAUCAUGUAGUGAGGUCAUUGCUAGAAAAAAUGAUACAAUCUGCAAGCUCUGCUUAUCUCGUCAUACUGGAAAGAUGGUUGUAUGAAGGUGUGAUUGAUGAUCCCCAUGGCGAAUUUUUCAUUGCCGAGGACAAAUCUCUACAGAAGGAGAGUCUUUCUCAAGAUUAUGAUGCUAAGUAUUGGCGGCAACGUUACAGCCUUAAGGAUGAAAUUCCUAGCUUCCUUGCUAGUGCUGCUGAAACAAUUUUGACCACUGGAAAAUAUUUAAAUGUUAUGAGAGAAUGUGGACACACGAUUCAGGUUCCCAUGUCAGAAAAUACAAAAUUGAUGAGCUCAGGAUCAAGCCAUCAUUAUCUUGAGUGCAUUAAGGCGGCUUAUGAAUUUUCUAGCAGUGAGCUCUUAAACCUUAUAAAGGAGAAGUAUGACCUGAUGGGAAAGCUGCGAUCUAUCAAGCAUUAUCUUCUUCUAGAUCAGGGUGAUUUCUUGGUUCACUUUAUGGAUAUAGCUCGAGAUGAGCUUGUCAAAAGGCCAGAUGAGAUUUCAGUAGAGAAAUUGCAGUCUCUUCUGGAGCUUGCCUUGCGCACCACAGCAGCUGCAGCAGACCCCUUCCAUGAGGACUUAACGUGCUGUGUGGAGAGAACUACUUUGCUAAAAAGGUUGAGCACACUUAAAGACCUCAAAUUCAUUGGGACUGUUCCUGAGAAAGACGACGUGGAUGAACCAGUGAACAUUACUGGCAUGGAUACAUAUUCCUUAAGUUAUAAGGUUCAGUGGCCAUUAUCUUUAGUCAUAUCAAGAAAAGCGUUAACAAAGUACCAAUUGAUCUUCCACUUCUUGUUUCAUUGUAAACACGUGAACCGGCAACUUUGUGAAGCAUGGCAAAUUCAUCAAGGUAUCCGCGCACUCAACAUGAAAGGAACAGCAGUCUCUGUAUCAUCUUUGUUAUGCCGCAGCAUGCUGAAGUUUAUUAAUAGUCUUCUACACUAUUUAACAUUCGAGGUCCUUGAACCCAAUUGGCAUGUGAUGCACAAUAGACUUCAAGGUGCCAAGAGUAUAGACGAGGUAAUCCAGUAUCAUGAUUUUUUUCUAGACAAGUGUCUCAGAGAAUGCUUGCUGCUUUCCCCUGUCCUACUCAAGAAAAUGGAGAGGCUGAAAUCAAUAUGUCUUCAGUAUGCUGCCGUAACUCAAUGGUUGAUUGCGUCUUCAAUUGAUAUUCCUAAGACUGACGCACAAUCAAAUACCUCACAUGAGACAAAGAAAUCAAAAAAUGUUAAACGAAGGAAUCCGUCUCAAAAGCUAAAAUUAGCCAGUGAAGACAAAACCCUUGUCGAACCAAUUCUGAAAUUUGAAAAGGAAUUCACCAAUGAACUACGGAGUUUGAGACCAAUAUUGAGUAGCAGUGCCCAAGCAGAACCAUACCUAACUCAUCUUGCACAGUUGAUUCUUGGAGUCGGAAGGGACCAGUAAGUUGCUUAUGCGUUUCACUCAUUUCAAGACAACGAGAAUCCCUGAUAUUUUAUGUAUGCCCUUUUGUUGUAUUGUGAUUUGCCAUCAUCUUAGUGUAUGUUGUAGUCUGUGAGCUUGUAGUAAAGUGAAGUUGGGUGUUAGGAAGUUGAAGCCAUAAUAGAGGUACAUAAGAUAUGGGUGGGUUCAUUUUUGAGCAGAACACUGUUUUAAGUAAUCAAAUUCUUUUUUCUUUCAAAAAAAAAAAGAAGUAAUUAAAUUAUUUUAUUCUA